AUCAGUGUCGCCUUGACUGGUGUGGGAUAGGGGUGGUCUUCGUAGUGUGUGUUGCUUCGUUAAGUGUGGUACUGGUGUGUCAUGUUGGUGGUCUACGCCAGCUGGUGCAGUAGUGGUGUCUGACAGGUGGUGCACGACCUUCACUGUGUGACUACCCAGCUGUCUCUUCGUCCUCGUGUUCCCUGGCCGCCCUCACUGUUGACCACACCAGUCAGCCCCCCCUCCCCCCUCGUCCGCCUCGCUACUGCUGCCUCCCCGUCACCCCCACCUCCUAAUACCAUCCCUCACUGUCAUUCCUACCACCGUGUGUCACCCCACCCACUCUGGUGUUGUCCCAGUAGCCCUGUGCUCUCCAAGGGGGCCGUCUCACUCUCCCAGGACCCGUGUGCCCGUCUAGGGUGUCGUGUGUCCCCCCCACCACCAGGGUGUUGGAGGAGGGCAGUGUUGUUGUGGGUGGCGGCCAACCAGACACUGACAGAGGGCGUGUGAGAAGCAGCAGCUCGUGGUAGUAGCAACCCAACCCGCCUGCCAGUGUCAUCACUUCCUCAGCUGCUCGCCAAUACUGCUGCUCAGACAGACAGACACACACAUACCUCUCCAGCGUCGUGGAUGUAUUACGCGCUCACCGUAGCCCCGGGCGCUCACGAGAACUGGAAUACUCCCUAUUUCCACCACCUAUGAUGGACAGACCCACAGUCGCCGCUAACAUGACAGUGUGUGUAAUGGUGCGUGAUGGUGGGCCCGGAGUCUAGGAGCCAUCGGUGUGGCCGGCGUGGUGUUGGAGACGGGGAGGAGGCCAGCCACCACCAUGGAGGCCCUCACCACCACCACUUCUACCUCCACCAUCACCACCACCCUCAUCGCCCCAGGCAAGAGGAUCUCCCCCCAUAUGUCUGCUACGUUGCCUCCCUCUGCUUGCCCGCUGCCGCCCUCUGAAGAGUUUGCCACGGUACAUGGAGGAGGCUCAUCUGCAGCCAGACGCCCACCUCCUCCUCAUGCCUCAUCUGCAAGGAAGCACCGGCCCAACCACCAACGCAACCUCUCCCUAGACUUCAGGUCUAUGGGUAUAGUGUUGCCUCCUCUGCCAGCUUUAACGUACAGUGGGUCACACCAGAGGAACCGCAGUCUGGACUCUGUGUUACAGAAGAUCCCUGAGGUGGAGGGUGGAGAUACACCCCAGCACCCACCAGCCAACAACCCUCCUCUCAAGCCCAGUCUUUCCUUUACCUUCUCUGAUGCUCCCAGCUUUAAGUUGAGAAGUGAUCCUUGUCGCACCAGAGCAUUGGUGACCUCAACUGUGGGUCAUCCUGUGGUGGUCAAACGAGAGAAGGAUCGGUACGACCAGUCCAGCCUGGGUUCAGACGACUCGGGCAUCUGCAGUUCUGAGGGAGACAAUACGAGGGAACCCAGUACAGAACGAGCACGGAGUGCAGACUGCCUAGAUGUUGUGUGUCUCAGUUCUGAUUGUGAAGUGAAAAGUGUUUAUUCUGAAACUUUAGACAGUGAAGUGAACAUGGAAGAGCCAGAGAUAGACUCAGUAAGUGAGGGGGGUGACCUUGGGGACCAAACUCUUGUUGAGGAUGCAGGUGACAUCUCUCCCAGUGAUACAACAGUGACAGAGAGUAUGGACUCGCCUCUAGAGAACAGUUUUGGGGACCGCCCUGCUCACUCUCCUAUCAGAGAUCUCUUGAAUGAAUCACAAGCAAUCAGUGAAGUGCAUUCAUGUUCCUCAGAACUUCAGGAACCUAGUGAAGAGAUCAAAAAUAAUAUUAUGAGUACUGAAUAUAGAGAACCAAGUGAUGAAGUAAGUAAAACAUGCAACAUUAGUGGUGCAAGUUCUUUUACAUUUAACACCAGAAGUGGUUCCAGUCAUACUGCAAGUACGGGCAGUAGUGGUGUAGGCGCUGUUUCAAAAAACAGCAGUGGGGGUGCCAGUGCCUCUGGAAGUAGCAGCACUAAUGGUGCCAGUGCUGUUAGUGGUUCCAGUGGUGUUGGAAGUAGCAACAGUAGUUGUGCCAGCUCUGUUGCCGGCACAAGCACCAGUAGUGCCAGUGCUUGUAUAAAGCCCAAAUUGGAUGAAAAGCCAUCAUUACUCUUAAGAUUAUUUGAAAGCAAGAUGUUUGACAUGUCCAUGGCGAUGUCCUAUCUGUACAAGUGCAAAGAACCCGGAGUGCAACAGUACAUCGGCAACCGUCUCUUCAGCAUGCCUCCCAACGAGUCCCACUUCUUCUUGCCGCAGCUGGUCAACAUGUACGUGCAGACGUACGAGAUAGCCGAGGUGCUCCAUCCGUUCCUCGUUCACUUGUGCCGCCAUGACAUCACCUUUGCCCUCCAGUGUGCCUGGCUGCUAGACGCCUUCUCUACAGACACAUCCCACCAGAGGAAAAAGUCGCAUGGUACCAAGUUGAAAAACCUCAUUCUGUCUGAUGAGUUAAGGCCCAAAGAGGAAGCCAUGGAAAGUUUAGGAAUGGACUCCAAGUUACAAGGCUGCCCACCGAGGUCUUCCUUCUGCACCAGAAUAAAAGAACACCCAAGUCCCGGCUCCAACCCAGGGUCACCGAUCACGGAGCUUCCACCUCCUUUUACCACACGAGUUAGUCUUCCGACUCCGUCCCGCAAGUCUCAUCAGCGCUCACGGUCGGAUGCUACGGUGGCUCUCCAGACCCAAUCCAGUUCUUCUCGGGGACAUAAGCGUACUCCAUCAUCAGGGAGCAUGAAGAAUUGCCUCGGUGACCUUACAUCGGGCAGAUCCUUCGACAAUGGCUGUUGCUGUUUUGACUCUGAAGAAGCCAGGUGUAACUCUCUACGUGGAAAAGCUAUUGAAUGUCACUGUGGAGCACCAAGAUUAUCUCCGGAGUUGGAGUUCGUACGAGCCCUCAUAACCAUCGGUAAGCGUCUGGGAGCGCAGCCCACCAAAGAAGCCAAGACUUCAAGAUUACUCGCUGAGCUGUCGGUACUAAACUUAAACCUACCGGCACGUGUGUACCUGCCUUUAUGUGCCACUGAAAUGUCUCAUCACGUUGUCCGCAUCCCACCACAAGCUGCCGUUGUGCUCAACUCCAAAGAUAAGGCACCGUACAUCAUAUAUGUGGAGGUGCUGGAAGUGGAAAACCUGGUCACUGCACCAGUCCAGGCAAAACUGACUCACAGCCUGCGACACACUCGCUCUGAGGAGAAUCUAGUUGACUCUCCGGCCUCUACCUCUUCCUCGCAGUUGGAUCUUACGGCGACCCCAACCACUACAGCCACUGCCACCACCAGCGGCCUUGGUUCCACCUCUUCUAUCCCCUCUUCCCUCAGUUCACCACAUUUAACAUCUGGCUACAUAGACGAGUCUGACUGUUGGAGCCACGAGGACGAUGAGAUCAGUCAACAGUAUUAUAGACCCAAGAAACUUAGAGACCGCGACACCAUUUCCAUGAUGUCUCUGGACUCCUGUGACUCGAGAGAACUAACCAACAGAGAAGCGGCGGACAUCCGUCGUCGCCUCUCAGAGACCGUCAACGCCCCAAAGACUGGAUUCAAGAGGGACCCAGAAGACCCUUCUGCAGCAGCACUAAAGGAACCUUGGCAGGAUAAGGUAGAACGUAUACGAGAGAGUUCUCCAUAUGGACACCUGGCAUCUUGGCGCCUGCAGUCAGUAAUUGUCAAGUGUGGAGAUGAUCUGAGGCAAGAAUUGCUUGCUUACCAACUUCUCUGUAUGUUCCAAAAAGUUUGGGCUGAAGAAAAAGUAUCUCUGUGGUUAAGACCUUACAAGAUCUUGGUGCUGUCAGAUGACUCGGGUAUGAUUGAGCCCAUUGUUAACACUUGCUCAUUGCACCAAAUCAAGAAGAACAGCAAGAUGUCCAUGUUGGAAUAUUUCAUCCAAGAAUUUGGUGAUAAGAAUUCUGAAGAAUUUCUUACAGCACAGAGGAAAUUUGUUGAGUCCUGUGCUGCCUACUGCCUUGUGUGCUACAUCAUUCAAGUCAAGGACAGACAUAAUGGAAAUAUUUUACUAGACAACGAGGGUCACAUCAUACACAUAGAUUUUGGCUUUAUGCUGUCAUCGUCACCCCGCAACUUAGGGUUUGAGUCUUCCCCCUUCAAGCUGACGCAGGAGCUUGUGGAGGUGAUGGGAGGAGAAAACUCAGAUAUGUUUGCCUACUUCAAGAUUCUGCUCUUGCAAGGUCUGCUGGCUGCAAGGAAACAUAGUGAGAAGAUACUCUCCUUAGUGGAGAUCAUGAGCUCUGGCUCCAAACUGGCGUGUUUCCGUGCUGGGGCUUCAGUGGUGCCAGCUUUAAAAAGCCGCUUCCAUGUCAACAUGACCGACGAACAACUCCAGGCUCACCUGGACUCUCUUGUGUAUAAUGCCAUCAACUCCAUCACCACAAGACUUUAUGAUGGCUUUCAGUAUUUCACCAAUGGGAUACUCUAGCCCAGAAGAGGCCUGUGCCUUCGUAUAGUGAACAGAGCGUGACCAAGCCGUGUAGUGUAAAGCAGAAGAUGUGUAACCUGGUCCAGGCUGGUGCAUACGAGAACUGGUGUGGCCAGAUCCAGGUGGUGUGUAGAAAAACUUGCAUGAGAUGCAGGCAGUGUAUAAGAGAAAUGGAUUGACAUACUCCUGGUGGCAAACAGCAGGAGUUGGGUGACCUGGACCAGGUGGUGUAUGGCAGAACUGGUGUUACAUACUCCAGAUGGUUUGAAUCAGAAAGGGUUUGGCCUUGUGUAGGUGGUGUAUGGGGGAGGCCUGGUGUAAUCUGCUCGGGAUUGUGUCUUGCAGAACUGAAGUUACACGGUCCUGGUGGUGUGUAGCAGGACUGGUAUAGUCAAAGUCCUGGUGGUAUAUAGCAGAACUGGUAUAACUUGGUCUUGGUAGUGUACAACAUAAAAAAUAUUUUGAGAUGAGAGAGAGAGCUGGGUGAGAGAGGCUCCUAGAUUAACCGUGUCAGUGGAGUUUUUCUACAGUGGAAAUAGAGAAUGGUACAGUUACUGGUACAGUACAUAAUUAUACUCAUUCAUGGGAUGACCCCCAUCAGGCCAAGAAUUAAGAUGUGCCGUGAAGAGAUUAAUUAGUGUAGUGAAAUAUGUACAAAUGUGAAUGUAAAAAAUUUUGACACUAAUUACCAAAGAAAAGAUCAAGAAGUGAAGUUCAGGUGGCAAGUAACUAGAAUUCAUAUUUCACCUUGUAAAGUCACACAUUUGUAUAUCUUGGUAUUUUCUCAAGUUCUACAACAUUGAAGUAAACAUCAAUUCCAUUAAAACUGUAUAUUUUCACAGAAGUGUCCAAUCAUUGUCUCUGGAUUUCUGGAUGAACUCAAUACUGUUUUGUUAAUAUUGUUUGCAGCUCAAAAACGUUUGUCAUGGCUUGAAAUCCAUAUUCAUACCCAUCUCCUACUGGAAUCAAAAUCAUGACUAUUGGUUUCUUGGUUUGUGCUUUGCAUUUUUUUUUCCUUUUCCAACUGCAUUCCUGAUCUGGCUGGAGCAUAAGGUUCAGUAUUAUUAGUAGGUGUCCUUUAUAGCUGUCCAGGAUUCAUUGUAUUUUUAUAUGAAGCAGAAUCAUCAUUUAUGUGGAUACUGAAAAUUCAGCCGAGGGUUUUAGAAUUUACUCUAGACAUAACAAGUUACAGAAGCUUUAACCACUCACAAAACCAAGGUUCAAGGGUUAUUGUCCCUAUAUCAGUGCCAACCAAGUGAGGGGUGUUGGCAUAAGGUCCUGUAUUUGUCAGAUGAAUGAGCAUGCAGCACUAGUUCCUGUUUUGGUGUCAGCUAACUGAUGUUGGUACUGGGCCUAGUAUGAAUGUCAGUCAAGUAAGCAUGUGCCAACAGGAUGUGUUGUGUGUCAGACAAGUGAUUGAGUGUCAGGAUUUGUUCCAGAAUCAGUCAUGUGAGUGUAUGUCAGGAAGACUUGUUCCAGUGUCAGCCGAGUGAGUGAGUGUGUGUCAGAAGGACAUAUUGGUAUCCCAGUGUCAUCCAAAUUACUGUGUGUAUGUCAGGAGGACUUGUUUCAAUGUCAGCCAAGUGAAUGUGUGUGUGAGAGGACCAUUUCAGUGCCAGCUAAGUAUGUGUGUUGAUACUGGACCAUGUAUCAAAUGUCAGCCAAGUCAGAGUGUUGGCACUACAAGUGUGCACAUUCAUUGACCCAUUUACCUUACUUGAAAAUAAUGUUUGCAUCCAUUUAUUUUAUAUAUUUAUGCCUUUUUGUACAAUGAGACAUUAAUUAUCACAUGGAUAUUUCUUGAUCAGGGAAGUUUUAUGUAUCAUUAAAUGGGGUUGAUGAUGUGUAGACCUGGUGAGCCACACUACCACGCCCCCCACAGGUCUCUCUUGUCAGCAUACAGUAUGUCGUCCAUUACUCAUAAAGGAUAGCUAGAUCACACUUUUGUAAUACGUCAUGAGGCUCUUGUACGCCAAUAUAUUAUACCCAUAAACGCAAUGCUUUUGAUCCUGUAAAACUUUUUUGCUUGUAUUUGUAUCAUUGUAAGUACUGUACAUAGUGAGUAUAUCAACUGGUCCAGAAGCCUUGCACACAGCAGUUGCCACUUAAUAACGUUGGAGAAAAUGUGACAAUCUCUGGUAAGUUACAUGUUAUUGAUAGCUUGUGCUACAGUCAAGAUAAAAUGCUACUUAAAUUUAUUAAAUUGGAUGAGGGUUAUGGUUGUGGCAACUCCUGGUUCUGUCCUGUUGUCAACAUAUUUUGUUCUCAUAUUCAAUAAACUGUUAAGAAAA